AAUUAGUAAUUUGCCAUUGACAGUUUGUUAAUUGUCAAAAAAAUAUUAUUUUGUUGAUUUUUAAAAAUUUUGAAGAUUUAAAAUUAAAUAAUAACAAUGUCUAUGAGACCAGACGAUCACCGACGAAAAUGGGAUCGCGAAGAAUACGAAAAACUAGCCGAAGAACGCAAAAGAUCCGAGAAAGAACAAAAAGAAGAGGCUGAAAAGUCGAAAAAGGGGCCCCCUGUCAAACGAGAACUCCUCAAGACUAGAGAAUAUAAGGUAGACUUGGACUCAAAACUCGGUAAAAGUAUCGUUAUAAACAAGAACACUCCCACGUCUCAAUCUGGGGGCUAUUACUGUAACGUUUGUGAUUGUGUAGUAAAAGAUUCAAUCAAUUUUCUUGACCACAUCAAUGGCAAAAAGCAUCAGAGGAAUUUGGGCAUGUCCAUGAAGAUAGAAAGGAGCUCCUUGGACUCAGUUAAGAAAAGAUUUGAUGUGAAUAAAAGGAAAAUGGAGGAAAAAAAGAAAGACUAUGAUCUACAGGCAAGAUUGAACGAGAUAGCAGAAGAGGAAGAGAAACUUAAGGAAUACCGAAGGGAAAAACGAAAAGAAAAGAGAAAAAUUGAAGAAGCCGAGGAAGAAUCAGAGGUACCAAGCGAACUAGCAAGUAUUAUGGGGUUCUCCGGCUUUGGUACAUCAAAAAAGAGCAAAUGAUGUACUAACUUGGACCAAAAUAUCUUUAAAAAUUGCAUAUUAAGGUAGAAUAAGGCAGAGUUUUCAGAACAUGUAUUUAAUUAUAAUAAAUUAUAGGUGUAGUGAGAAUUGUACUAAAAUAAUAAAUACUUAGAGGGUAAAC